AAGUCGGAAAUCUUGUCGACAUUUGAGCCGUUCACUCAACUACCACUGGAGCUCGAUCCUCACUCAGACACCCCGAAGUCGAAACCCCCGGAGCUGUUCCUUGGCGUACCGCUCGACGAGGACUUCAUCGUCGACUACGCUGCCAAGUACGACCUAUUUUCCUACUUCAACGAGCGGACGAUGGAUUUUGUGGGCUGGAAGCCUCGCCACGAGCUCACCCCCGAUCUCGUAAUAAACGUCGACUCGACGGCCGACUUCGUGUUCAAGGACAUAAAGACGUGCAUGUGGCAUUAUCUUCGCUUCGAUCUUGGCUAUGGCAAUCCUGAUCCCCGGACCUCGUGUAUGCCCUUAUGGGUAUUUUGCUCCAACUUCGACCCGCUCGACCAGCGUCCGACAGCGGAGCAGCUCGCUGAACUGCGAAAGGAGCUCGGGGUGGACGAUAUUAUGUGGUAUUUAUCUAUGGACGCCUGAUCAAAGACCAAAUGUUAUUGCAUUGCUGUCGUUGCUAUCGACGAGGUUCAACACGGCCUUCACAACUCUCCGCUUUCUCGCUCUAUCUGA